AUGACGGUGGUGACAAAGGAGACUGCCGUAAUGCUGUUGGACGAAGUUGCCGCCACAGCCACUACUACCACCUCCAAUGCCAACAGACGCAGCGGUGGCGGCAACUCCAGGAACUUUACAUACGCUCUGGCCGUCGUUAGUUUAUUGGUUUUCCUACUGGUCGUCUGUUAUGCCAUUUGGACACUUUCCAUUGAGACUAUACUUCCGGUCGUUACUGAAUCCAACAAAAACCUCGAAGAUCUCCGGCCCAACAAUCUACCACCAUUGCUGGGAAACAAUGUCACUGGCAAUUGGUUUAGUGUCUAUGUGGAAAUUACGACAGCUUCGUCCGUUCAAGUGGAGAAUCCUUACGCUUCGGAAACCAUUUCAAUUGUCGACAGUCGCAGGCAUAGGAAAAGAUUCCGGGGGAGAUUUAAUCGAAGAUUUUACAGGAAAUUUCACCGACGGUUUGGACACCAACGCAAACGAGCGGAAACUAAAGACAGGACAUCCAACACACUUAACGGAAGUAGAAUAGACGAUAGAUAUAAAGGAAUACAAGGUGAUGGCGAAGUACAACCAGAACAAAAUAACAAAGAAGAAAAAGAUGAUGAAGUAAUAAUAGUGAAAGGCGGGCUAGAAGUAGGAGUAGAAGAUAAAGGAAGUCUUUGGGAGGAGUACAAAUCACAACACUAUCCACCGAAACAUCCGCUUAUUUCAACAACAUCGCUUACAGAUUUAGAAGAUGUGCGAUGGGUUAAAUGUGACGGAGGUGAACGACGAAAUAACCUGGAUGGAACGGGAGAUAAUUUGGUGGAAAGAGGAGAUAAUCAGGAAGAAAGUCGAAAUAACCUGGAAGAAAGAAGUGGGAAUCUAGUCGAGAAAAGAGAUAAUCUGGUUGAACGGCGGCUAAAAUCGAUUCAAAGGCGAAGAAAACCGAUUAAAAUUAACAAACUGAACGGUUAUAAUUUAGGAGAGGAUUUUCUAAGCGAAAAAUAUCCAAAGAAUGUCUCGUAUUCUGUUCAUUAUAGCGGUAAUGAAAAAAGCUCUGUACAUGAUGGUAUUCAUCUUGGCGGUGAGAGUGGAAAUGGUAGCGAAGAUGACAAUGAUUACGGCAUCGGGCAAGAGGGAAAGAACAAGGUAGGUUUGAGUUUCGGCGUCAACGUUGAGGAUGAGGAGAAUAAAAAUACAGUGAAAGAGGAGACAAAUGGCAAAAAAAGGGAAAAUAAGGGCGACGGUGAUAAUGAUUAUGAUUAUUAUGAAAAAGAUGGGGAAAAGAAAACAGAAACGGAAACUGUAUUUGGAUUUAAUGCAAAGAAAGAGAACAGGAAUAUGAAAUCAGGGUACGACAGAGCAGAGGUUGAAGCAAAUAGCAUUAAUCCAGAACGAGAUUUACGCAAAGCAGAAUAUUUUGAUAAGGUUCAUGACAACGAAGAAACCGACUGGAAGUCAGAGUUAAAGAGAUUACUUGAGGAAUCGAAUCGGCAUGAGGAAAGACAGCAACAAGUUCAACGAAAGAGUGGCCAUAAUGAACACAGAGAUUCCUGCGGCCAGUGGAUUCAAUGUAAAUACCAUUCUUUGAGACGGUACCUGAAACAGCUGGAGAACCUACCAAGUUGCCCAUGUGUCUUCCCGAACCUCAUGUGGCACAACCAGUUAUGGGACGAACAAAGAGAGUCAUAUUUCACAUGGGAGAUCGCCAGUUCACCUGCCGAACGCAGAGACAUCUACAGACCGGGUGCCAAAUUCUGCAUACGUUCGCUGCUGGAGCCAGGUAUGAUAACUCUUGCUGUGCAACAUUGCUGCUACGAUGUAAAGCAAAGACUCAUUACACGCGGUAGGGCAGCUGGAACCCCGAACCUCAUCAGCCCUCAGAUAUCCUGGGAAUUACAUAAGAAAGUUGACAUCCUACCAUGGGUCCUCUGCAAAGGUGAUUGGCUGAGAUAUCAUCAGAUGGUACCACCAAACAAUGCAGUGAAAUGUGAAGAGAAUCCCAAAGACAGAGAAUUCUACAAUCAAAUUAUGGAUUUAAGAAAUAUAUAAAUGAUCUGGGGUUUUUUUUCAGUAUAAAUAAAUAAAAAUGUGUGUAUUGUUA